AGUCUCAGUCACUGCCCACAUAAAUCAAAUACGCAGUAAACCUUAAACAACCAACCUCAUCUCACCCGACAGACAGACACAUCAAGCACAAGAUGCCUUUCCUAGGCCACCCCUUCCGCGUGCUCUUCGCGACGGCGCAGACCUUCGCUCUGGCACACGUAGUAUGGGCCUACGGGAUGAGCAUAGGCUUCGGCUGGGGCCCCUCGAUGCUCCCCACGUUCCUCGCCACGAACGAGUGGUUCGUGACGGACAAGCGGUACCGCCGGGGCCGCGGCGUGCAAGUCGGCGACUGCGUCGUCUAUUCGAUCCCCGUCGACCCCGGCGAGGAGGGUCUCAAGCGCGUCAUGGGGAUGCCGGGGGACUACGUCCUUCUCAAUUCCCCGCCGUCGUCGAACCGGGUUGGUACAGCGUUGGAUUUGGGAGUCGAUAGGGCGGGCCGUGGCGUUGGGAGCGAGAAUAUGAUUCAGGUACCUCAGGGUCACUGCUACAUCGUGGGUGACAACUUACCCUGGUCACGCGACAGUCGCGACUUUGGUCCCAUACCCCUAGCUCUCAUCAAGGGCAAGGUCAUCGCAAGAGGAUCGCUGUUUGGUUGGAAUCCUCUAGGUUGGUUUACCAAAGUCGAGAACGGCUUACAGAAACCCAACCAGUUAUCAAGAUAGGCCAAAUAUCUUCCAUAAUUCGGGGACGCUAUGCGGGCUCAAAAAAUAUAAUGAACCACUUGAACGAACAUAACUGCUAGCUUGCACAAUCCAUAUAAACAAUGGGCAAUGCUGCAAGGUGAUUGGAAUAAGACGUUAAUGAUUAUCGGAUAUCACCUUUGCUAGCACUGAGUGUCUAAUUACAAGAAUAUAAGGUGCUUGAACAAGAAAUCUGAUACCUUGAAAAAAGCAAAGCUACUCCGGGCCAU